AUGGCGGCGGCGGGAGGACCAGCGGCGGCCGCGAAUCGCAUCUCCUCGUCGGUGGGAUUAUCUUCGGGCAACGAAGCCGCCGCCGCCUCUUUCCCCCUGUCGUCCGUCGCGGCCGCCCGGAGCCCGAAGCUUGCGAGGAACGGCGGCGUUGGAGGCGGCGUCGGAGGGCUCCUGAGGGGAGACCCGGGCGGCAGCCGGGAGCCGCGCUCGGACUGGCGGCGGAAGCAGCUGCGCAAAGUGCGCAGCGUGGAGCUGGACGGGCUGCCCGAGCCCGCCGAGUGCGCCGAGCUGCCCCUCCGCCUCUCGGGGGACGCCGCCGCCGCCCCCGGCUCCCCCUCCCCCACGGCCGUCCAGCCCGCGCCUCCGGGGCUGCGCUCCACCCCCUGCAGCCCCGCGUCGUCCCCCGGCCGCGGCUUCCUCCCCCUCGCCGGCUCCCACGAGCCGCCGCCGCCGCCGGACGCCGGGAACCCAGCGGCGGGGGCCGGAGGAGCCGAGAAGACCAUGGAGCCGCCGCCGCCGCCGCCCCACUCCGCUGCAGGUCGUGACAUGGAAAAUAAAGAAACCCUCAGGGGGUUGCAGAAAAUGGAUGACCGCCCAGAAGAGCGCAUGAUCAGGGAGAAACUCAAGGCAACAUGUAUGCCUGCCUGGAAGCAUGAAUGGCUGGAAAGGAAGAGCAGGAGAGGCCCCGUGGUGGUAAAGCCAAUACCAAUAAAAGGAGAUGGCUGUGAAGCAAAUAAACCAGCAAUAGAGGCACCAACCGAAGGGCAAGCAACUGCUACAUCACCUACUCAGAAGGGAAGACGGAGCCCUUCUCCUAGUAGUUCGUCUACUUCCUCUUCUAGGACUGUUAAAUCUGAAUCGCCUGGAGUAAGAAGAAAAAGGGUAUCUCCAGUGCCUUUUCAGAGUGGAAGAAUAACACCGCCUCGAAGAGCUCCGUCUCCAGAUGGCUUCUCUCCAUACAGCCCUGAGGAAACCAGUCGCCGAGUCAAUAAAGUCAUGAGAGCGAGACUGUACCUCUUACAGCAGAUAGGACCCAAUUCUUUCUUGAUAGGAGGAGACAGCCCUGAUAAUAAAUACAGGGUUUUCAUUGGGCCUCAGACCUGUAGCUGUGGUCGUGGAACGUUUUGUAUUCAUCUUCUGUUUGUUAUGCUUCGAGUGUUUCAACUUGAACCUUCGGAUCCAAUGCUUUGGCGAAAGACCUUGAAGAACUUCGAGGUUGAGAGUUUGUUCCAGAAAUAUCACAGUAGGCGUAGCUCAAGGAUCAAAGCCCCCUCUCGUAACACCAUCCAGAAGUUUGUAUCACGCAUGUCAAAUUCUCAUACAUUGUCAUCAUCUAGUACGUCUACAUCUAGUUCAGAAAACAGUAUCAAAGAUGAAGAAGAACAAAUGUGCCCCAUUUGCUUGCUAGGCAUGCUGGAUGAAGAGAGCUUGACUGUCUGUGAAGAUGGUUGUAGAAAUAAGCUUCACCACCACUGCAUGUCAAUAUGGGCAGAAGAAUGUAGAAGAAACAGGGAGCCUCUUAUAUGCCCUCUUUGCAGAUCCAAAUGGAGAUCUCAUGACUUCUAUAGUCACGAGUUGCCCAGCCCCGUUGAUUCUCCUCCUGUUCUUCGCGUGGUCCAGCAGCAAACUCCACAGUCUACAAUUGGCUCGCCGAGGAGGAGUCAAGAUAGUAGUUUCAACCUUACUCAUUAUGGGGUUCAGCAAAUCCCUUCAUCCUAUAAAGAGUUAGCUGAACCAUGGAUUCAGGUAUUUGGAACAGAACUAGUUGGCUGCUUGUUUUCUCGAAACUGGAAUAUACGUGAGAUGGCCCUUCGACGCCUUUCCCAUGAUGUUAGUGGUGCUCUGUUAUUGGCCAAUGGGGAAAGCACUGGAAACUCUGGAAGCAACAGUGGGAACACCACAAGUGCUGGAACUGUAGGAGCAGCUAGCGUGUCAACGCAGACCAGUAUCUCAGGAGAUGUUGUCGUGGAGUCUUGCUGCAGUGUCCUUUCCAUGGUCUGCGCCGAUCCCGUCUACAAAGUGUAUGUUGCUGCUUUAAAAACAUUAAGAGCCAUGCUGGUGUAUACACCCUGUCAUAGCCCAGGAGAAAGGACGAAGUUGCAGCAGCUUCUAAAGCCUGUUAUAGAGACUAUAUUGGUGAAAUGUGCGGAUGCAAACAGCCGCACAAGCCAGCUUUCAGUUUCCACGCUCCUGGAGAUGUGCAAGGGCCAGGCAGGAAUGCUGGCAGUUGGUAGUGAAAUAUUUAAAUCUGGGCCCAUUGGUAUAGGUGGCAUUGAUUUCAUUUUAAACUGCAUCCUUGGAACACAACCUGAAUCGAACAACUGGCAAGCACUCCUUGGGCGUCUUUGUCUUAUCGACAGGCUGCUGUUGGAGUUUCCUGGUGAAUUUUAUCCCCACAUUGUCAGUGGGGAUGUUUUACAGGCAGACACCCUAGCUGACAGGUACAAAAAGCUGCUGUCGCUGCUGAACUUUGCUCUGCAGUCCAUUGACAAUUCCCAUUCCAUGGUUGGCAAACUGUCACGAAGAGUAUUUUUAAGUUCUGCCAGAAUGGUUGCCAGAGUACCCCACGUGUUUGUAAAACUGUUAGAAAUGCUGAGUAUGACGAGCUCAACGCAUCACACAAGAAUGCGUCGACGGUUGAUGGCCAUUGCAGACGAAAUGGAAAUAGCAGAAGCCAUCCAGUUAGGUAUGGAGAACAUGCAUUCUGGCGAAUGCAGGCGUGACUUUGCACAGCCUCCAGUUCCUGAUAACUCUCCAGAGUCUACCGAGAGCAAUACCCCCAAUAAUUCAAUUCAGUUGUCAGGGAAACGUGGGAAAAGUUUAGGUGAUAAAAAGCCAAGUGCCAGCCCAGAGGACAUUUCUGACGCGGUGGCUGGUGUCUCAUUAGGCCUUUCUGUUUCUUCAGGAACUCUGGAGCAGCCAAAACCAGCCAUUCAAACAAAAGGUAGACCCCAUAGUCAGUGCUUGAACUCUUCUCUCUCGCCCUGUCAUCCCCAGUCAGUAUUCCCAACUCUGCCUUCCCAUACCACUCCGCCUGUGCCAGCAGGAGCUGAUGUUUCUAAACUCAGACCUCAGGGAUUUGUUCCCUGCAAACCACCCUCUGCUUCUCCCCAAAUGCAACGGAAGCUUUCUCUCCAGAUUCAGAGGAACUGUGCCGAAAAUAAAGAAUCGGAAAAACUUUCCCCGGUCUUUACGCAGGCCCGACCUUUGCCAUUCAGUCACAUACACCGGCCAAAGCCAUCUCGACCUACCACAUGUGACCUGAACAAACAGGGAGAAACCUCCAAAAAUAACAUGACGCUUAACUUAAACGAUCUGUCACAGUGUGAUAGCGCUGCGGUUAUCCCAAGCGAAGAGACUGUUUUCACCCCGGUAGAAGAGAAACGUAGCCAUCUGGAUCUUAACACAGAGCUCAGCUCCAGUAUGGAGGACUUACUUGAGGCGUCCAUGCCGACGAGCGACGGGACCGUCACCUUCAAGUCUGAAGUGGCCGUUCUGUCUCCGGAACGAGCAGAAAACGACGACACGUACAAAGAUGAUGUGAAUCACAAUCAGAAGUGCAAGGAAAAGAUGGAAGCGGAGGAGGAGGAAGCCUUAGCGAUUGCCAUGGCCAUGUCGGCGUCUCAGGACGCACUUCCCAUCGUUCCUCAGCUGCAGGUUGAAAAUGGUGAAGAUAUCAUUAUUAUUCAGCAGGAUACACCAGAGACCCUGCCUGGGCAUACCAAAGCAAAGCACCAUUACAGGGAAGACAUAGAGUGGCUGAAAGGUCAACAAAUUGGCCUUGGUGCCUUUUCUUCAUGUUACCAAGCUCAGGAUGUUGGAACUGGGACACUGAUGGCAGUGAAACAGGUGACAUAUGUCAGGAAUACAUCAUCAGAGCAGGAAGAGGUGGUCGAAGCCUUGAGGGAGGAGAUAAGAAUGAUGAAUCAUCUGAAUCACCCUAAUAUCAUUCGAAUGUUGGGUGCAACAUGUGAAAAGAGCAACUACAAUCUAUUUAUAGAGUGGAUGGCAGGGGGAUCCGUUGCUCAUUUGUUAAGUAAAUAUGGAGCCUUCAAAGAGUCUGUAGUUACGAACUACACAGAACAGCUGCUUCGUGGCCUGGCUUACCUUCAUGAGAAUCAGAUCAUUCACCGAGAUGUCAAAGGUGCCAACUUGCUAAUUGAUAGUACAGGCCACAGGUUAAGAAUUGCUGAUUUCGGAGCUGCAGCCAGGUUGGCAUCUAAAGGAACGGGUGCUGGAGAGUUUCAAGGACAGUUGUUGGGGACCAUUGCAUUCAUGGCACCUGAGGUAUUGAGAGGCCAGCAGUAUGGUAGGAGCUGUGAUGUAUGGAGCGUUGGUUGUGCUGUUAUAGAAAUGGCUUGUGCUAAACCCCCUUGGAACGCUGAGAAACAUUCCAAUCAUCUUGCUUUGAUAUUCAAGAUUGCCAGUGCAACCACAGCUCCAUCAAUCCCAUCACAUCUGUCUCCGGGUUUAAGAGAUGUGGCGCUUCGGUGUUUGGAGCUUCAGCCUCAGGACAGACCGCCGGCGAGGGAACUGCUGAAGCACCCUGUCUUCCGCACUACGUGGUAGUUCUGCAAAAGCGGUGAUACACUGAACAUGAUGCUACUGAAAAGAGAACAGCGCUUGUCUUCCUGUGCAGCUUGCACAGCAAUACGUGGCGACUGCUCAGCCGGCCUUAGUUACCCCUUUUUGAGGACUUGAGGUGGACGGAGGACCCUACACUUAAGUAUGUGACUGACAAAUCGAGAUCUCUACCUAAGCUCAGUAUGCAGCUUUUCACAAAUUGUGCAAAAAUAUGUAAACUGUGCCUUUCUCAAAGAUCUGGCUCUUGGUGAC